AUGCCGAAACGGAGGCAACCUCGACCACCAGCCAAGUACGUUGCAUGGACGGAAAACCUGGAGGUAGCCCUCCUGCGUGAGGUGACACGAAUCAAACCAUUCGCAGCAGACAACAGCGAGCUGCUGCAGCGAUGGAAGUUGGUUGCAAGUGGCCAAGUACCCAAGAUCAACUACCGCAGUGCCCGUGAGCAUGUUGACGUGAUGCUCAAAGACUUCAAGAAGGACGACGAUGCUCAGAAACGUUCAAGUGGUACUGAGGAGUACGUCACUGAAAGAGUGCAGCUCCUUCAAGACCUCGUCAUGCGCAUGGACGAAGUGGCCACGUCGAAGAAGCGCAAACAAAACAAGGAAAGCGAGAAGAGGGAGCUGCUUGAGACCACCAGUGACAAGCUCUGUCGGGAGGCAGAGAUUCUGGUGGCGAAGCGGUCCAGGACGUCGACGGGAAGUGCCAACGAGGAUUCGGAAUACGUAGCUAUUUUGGGAUUUUUCUUAUUGUACAUGGUUGCCGAGAUAUCCAAACUUAAAAUUUCACGACCAGACCAGUGA